GUCUUUCUAACCUGCCUCCUCCUUCCUGACAUGGAACGAUGCUAAUCCCAAGAAAUCGACGGGGUUCAGUGCAUACUCACAUGUGCUACACAACUGCUUCUCACCUUGUAUGCCUCAUGGUACCGGCCAACGACGUUGUCGCCAAUGCGUGAGCUUGAAGGAAUAGGCGCGAGCUUUAGGACAUGAGAAGAUAACCGAGGCGAUAUGGUACUUUCUUGGGGGACCCCACUGAGUCCUUUUUAUCUGUCUCCUCCCUAGCGUUCCACCCCAUCCAAACAGGCGUCGAAGCUGAAGGCGUUUUCGCUGGCGUCGCCUGCGGUGAUUCGAGUUCUCAAAUACCAGGGUUGAGAUGUCCUUCUCUCGAGCGGGGAGAGUUUCUCUACUAGAUGCAGACGAGUGUUUGUCGGCAGUGGAUUUCAUUGAAUUGAUGGAACGUGUUGUUCGAAUGCUCGUCUAGCUGAAGCUGAAUCAUUCGAAUCAUUCGAACCGUGUUGACCUUCAAUCGAUGGGGUUUAGACACGAUCCCGAUACGCUAACCCGCGGAUUACUAUGUGGGGACUAUCAGGAACUGCCGGAUUGUCGCACAACACGCCGUACAUGUAGAUUUCAUUGGAUAAAUAGCUUUAGCACGUAUCAGUCAACAUAAGUUGUACCACACCCAGUCAGUCCAGUCUCUACAGGUCAGAGACCUUGUAAGCCAUCCACUUCGAUUUACCAGUCUGCACGAGAUAUCCAUUGUUGCGCACCGCCACAUGAUGCGUGAUCACAAACUUGUUCUCUGCCUUGAUUGGCUGAGCGCGAGCACGGCGCCCUCGCCCACCCGCCUCCGCACACGGCGCGAAACCACCUCCGUGGCCCGCUAAGGGUCUCUCUCCGCCCCCUGCAACGGUCCCUGCGAUCCCGGCGCCCGCGGAACAGCCCCAUCUGGGCCCUGGUCGACGACAGUGCACCCCGUCGCUCCGCGUCGUUCUGCACGAUCUGCGGCCCGCGCGACUCAUUGAUUUCCGCCCGGAACGCUGCCGAGUGCGUUCUUGACCCCCUCGGAUUGCGCUCCGCACGGCCGAACCCGACCUCUGUGCCACCAUGGCCGCCGCGAAGCUGACGCCAUACACCCGAACUCCAUCCCCCAUACGCUCGCAGCUCAUCAAGGUUGUGCCGGACUCUGUACCGUCCACGGACGAGCUCGAGGCGCUGCAUGAGGAGCUGAAGCUGCUCAAAGCGCGUACGCUGGAGCGUGCGAAGAAGGUGACCGAGGACUUCAAGCAGAUUGAGGAGACGUACAAGAGAAUGAGGGAGAAGGAGAAAGGUAAAGCCAAGCAGAUAGAAAAGGUCAAACGCGAGCGCGACUUUACCCCGCUUCCCGAGGCCGACGAUAUCAGAGUCAAAUCGCGUAUUCAGUCUAAACCUGUUCCGUCUCUUCCUCCGUCUUCAGCGCGGUCCUCUUUAGACCCGAGAGGAGAUGAUGCCAAGAAGCACAAGAAGAAACGAAAGCGAGACGACGAGAGCGACCAUGAAGAUGGCCAAAAGCCCCGUAAAGGCACGCCACCAGCACAGCAUACGCAUCCUCCAAAGGCACAAAAGUCGACCUCUUCAGCUAGCCAACCCUCUGCUAAGUCAUCCACUAAUGACUGGGCUAUCCCUCCUCCCGUAUCGCUUCUCCCGACACGACCAGUGUUGCCGCCGCCGUCAAAGCCGGGACCGAGCAAACCGACGGAUGUAAUGGAAGACUUUAGUCAGCUUAAACAGCCCACGCAAACCUCCGUUUCCAUCUUCUACUCCUUCAUCGAGCCCUACCUGCGUCCCAUCCGCGAAGAGGACAUCGGAUUCCUGGAACACACUGGAGACGAAGUCGAACCGUUUAUAAUGCCCAAGCUAGGCCGACAUUAUACGGAAAACUGGGCCGAGAUGGACGCCAAGGGCCCCGACGCGGGCGACGCACGCGAUGCCGAAGCCGACUCGUAUCUGCCACCGGCUCCGAAGUGGGAUCCGUCGACGCUGGCUGAAGGCGACCUCUUGAACGAGUCUCGAGGCCAUGGCCCGUUGACGGAACGAGUGCUAAGCGCGUUGUUGCCGAUGCCGGAUGCCACGCCGUGGAAAGGCGUCAAGGCGGCGGAGGACGCGAUGGAGGGUAGGCCGGGAGGGAGUGCGGCGGCGGCGGCGAGAAAGGAGAAGAUGAAUGUGUCUGAUCUGGAGGCUCGAAUACGGGACACGAUGCGUUAUCACGGGUUGUUGGAUUCGAUUCCUGAUUACUCGGACAAGGUAGACGACCCGAUUGCCACUGCUCUGCGCCAUGCCCAGAGCGAGCUGCGCCAAGUCGUUGCGGUGAACAAGGCUCGGAAAGCCCGUCUCGUCAAGAUUGCACGAGAUCGGCUGGGUCACCAGGAGUACAUCGAGUCCCGGGACGCUAUCGAUAAAAGCAUUAGCAACUCGUACACCAAACUGCAGAAGAAGAACGAGCCUAAGGUGAACAAGAAGAAGAAGAAGCUGGAUGACGCUAGUGGCUCGGGUACGCCUGCGCCAGGCGAGGGGUCCUCGAGCCAUUUGCCUCCUUGUCCUGCUGCACUGGGUCUCGGUCCAGACGAAGAUAAUAAUCUCGUCGUGCCCGACUCGCUCAACCAACUCGUUCAAAUGCGGCGGCAGUGGGUCGACACUGUUGGGGGAAUCUUCGAUCAGCGACAGCAAGAGGAGCCAGGCUCGAUGUGGGGCUUCCCAGAGAAGAGUAUCUAUCAGGACAUGGAGGAUGAGGUCCAGGAGAUAUUGAGAACAUUGCCAGAACCCAGGAGGAAACAGACUGCGGCUUCGCCCUCUCGGGACGCGAUGGAUCUGGGCUAACACUGCAUUCGCCCUUCCGACUCGCUCGGGCACCCGACACCUCUUACUCAUUGGCAUAGCGCCGUUAUUUUUUGUGUGUAGUAUUGUAUAUCAUCACCAGAUGCAUAGUGGGAAUGUAGUAUGACGCUCGAAACGUAAGCAGGAAAUGGCGUUCAUGCCGUCGCCUUGGCUUUCUUCGACUUCUUCGUCGGGACCUCUGCAACAACAUCGUCGCCCUUGCGUUUCUUGCCCUUGCCCUUCUUCUCGCUUUUCGUCUUCACCGGCUGGUCUGGUGUGGCAGGAACGAGGACUUCCGUGUCAACCUCCAUAGCUGGCGGUGUCUCGGGCCGCGGUUCAGCGAGAGGCGUAUGCUUCGCUGAGUCCGCGCCGUACGGGACGAAAGAGUGCGUGAGUAGCUCUUCCGGGUGUAUCUGCCGUGGAUCGUUUUUAAACACAGGGCGCGUGUUAGGGGGGAUGGUAGAGUCAAGGGUGGGUGUGACUGGCUGGGCGGAAAGGACUACAGUUCUCGCGAUCGAAUGCGGAGCUGUGAAUAGUUCGGUGGUGCCUUGGCGAGGAUACAGAGUGCGACGUACCGGAAUACAAUGCGCCCUUCCCAGUCUUUCGGGGUAACAAGCAGGAUAUGCCCUUGAUUUCCUCGCCCCCGAUGGGCAUAUCUUCCGGUGCAUCAUCGCCCACAGACCAGAUAUCGUACGCGACGUGCUUCCGCUGCAGAACCCCCAGUUUUGCGCUGCUUGUCGCGUCGUGUUUCGUGUUCGGAGGAAGAUCCAGCUGCGCAUCGACGAGAUACUUGGGCUUGACCUGUCCAACAAAUACAUCUCGGAUUAACAUAUGCACAUUCGGGGGCAGGACAGAACGCGGAAAGAAACGGCACGCACGCCGUCUGGAAUGCGCACAAGCCACAGCUCGAGGUCAUCGUUGCCAUUCAGCUCAUCCCAGCUGAACGAUCCGACGUCCGCGGACUUCUCGAGGCGGACUGAUUUCGCAGGCGGUUGGUACGCCCAGUGUGGAUCGGAGCCCUCGUUCCUGUUGCCCUUGUCGGCGGGGGCUUUGCUCUUGGCUUUUUGCGCGGCUUUGGAUGAGCUGGCUUUCACCGAUGCCAGCGGCGCGUUGUCGGGGGAGGACUCGCGCGACGAGGAUGCGGCGGAGGACAUGGUCGGUGGAUAUUUGGAAAAAUCUCGUGAUGGCGAAAGCACGCGCAAAUAGGUGAACGCCAUUCGUCUGAGAAAGGAAAUUUUGUUCAGCUCUUACACUGGGCUGCAGGCGGGAUGCUCUGCUGUGAUUUCCCGCUAUGCGGCAUGGAUUGGGCAUUGAGAUAGAUGAAAUAGAAGCAAGUGAAAGUCGUGACCUAUGUAAACAGCGUAGACUCAGCAUAUCUAUAUGGAUGUAGAGCAUAAUAUGAGAUGCCAAGAUGAUAGCGAG